AUGAUGAAUCGUUAUGUUAUCGAAAUUCCAUUAUUUUUUAAUUUUCGUUUUCCAUGUGCAACAACUGAAUAUGGAAUUAUUCGUCAAAGUCGUGAUACUACAAUGAAACGUAGCCUAGACGAUGAAAGAAUUCAAAGCGAUGAAUUAGCAAAUCAAGCAAUGAAACAAUUAACUGAUAAAAGUAUCUAUAAGGAAAAUAUCAAACUUAUUUUCAAUAAUUCAGAUUUAUUCACACAUUAUUAUCAUGAUCAAGUUGCACUCGCUCACGAUGAAGCGAAAGUUUAUCAAUUGCCAACUUCAUUUGUUCAACGUUUGCUCACAUUAAAUCCAACUCGAUCAAUAACAAAUCAACUUCAACAUCUUCUUAUUGAUCAUGUAGAAUUAUUCGAAAUCUUGAGAAUUUUUGAAAUCAGCAUGCAGCUUGUAGGCGAAGAAACUGUUAUAAAUGCUUUCAAUAAGCAAUCAAUUCAAAAUUAUACCUCCGAUCAUCUUGUUUCAUCAACAAUUAUUAGUCGUAUCGAUAAUAUUGAACAGUUGAUAAAUUGUUACAAUCGUGUUAUACAAACUGAACACGCUAGCAAUUUUUUUGAGAAUGCGUGUAGUCUCGGUGGAUUCAAUGCGGCAUUUGAGAAUUGUAAUGCUAUUCAUGAAUUUAUCGAAUACUUACGUAAUCUGUUCGUCGAUAGCGAAUCAACUACAGAUAAUGUUCUUCCGCAUCGACAGCGAACAUUACUUGAACUUGAAAUGGAGUUUCUUAAAACUUGGCUACCAGAUAACAGUGAGCAAUAUCCUGAAGUACUAGCAUUGUUUAGUAAACCGAAAAAUGAUUUGUGGCAAUAUUCAGCCAAGAUUUUGUCAUUCAUUGAUCAAGAAGUGGAAUUAUUUUCAACGGUCUUAUCAAAAAAUGGACAACUUGAAGAUCCCGAUAAGAUCGAGUUACUUGAUGAAUGCUUGAAUAAUAUCAAUGGUGAUACAUACAAAAUCGAACGAUUGCUAGUGAAUCGUAUUCAUAUGCAAUUGAUGCUUCGUGCAAGCGAACAAGGUACACCCGAACAAAUUCUCACGGACAAUUACACACAAUUUGAGGAGAAUGUACGACAACUUCAAGAUGAACAAUCCAAUCACAGUUCCAUAUCAAUCAGUCUGAUUGCUUGGAUUAAAUAUUAUAUUGAAUUAUAUGCAGUUGCUUUAAAAAAUCAGUGUUCGGAGGCGAUUAUGGGUACGAUUGAUCAAUUUCUAACUCGAGACGAAUUACCUCUCUCUUUAACACUCAAACUAUUUGUAAUCAAGCAAAUCUGUGAACUAUCAAGUGUUAAAUUUGAUGCGUUUUGUGAGAAGUUUUCCAAUAGUGCUGUUGUCUGGCUUCGAACAAUCCUUGAAAAGCCGCAAGAUCAACAAUCUAAUCAAGCACAACACAAUCUUAUUUUACCAACACCACUCUUUGUAGGUGAAGACGAAUUCAAACGUAUCAGCGAUAUACUUUCAUAUAGCAAUGAUAUUGAACAUUUGCGACAAUUGAUUACAAAUUGUACAACUAAUCAAACUUCAUCAUACUGUUUUCUUGUCUGGUUUAUUCAUUAUUAUUUGCGUUUUUACACGAAAAAUGCCACAUCGAUAGAUGAAAAAUGGGUUCGAUUAUUUACACAUGAACUAAAUCAGCAUAUCUGUAAAUGUUUCGAUGUAAUUAGUUCCAAACUACUUAUUUCUUUGUGUAAGAACUUUAGUAAUACUUCGUACUUUCGACUUCAACCGAACAUGGAUAUCAAAGAAGUCCAUCAACGUUUAGUUGUUUUAAACAUUGCUGUUUAUCUUCUCUCGUGUAAAUCACUCAAUUAUAUUACAUACGUUGGAUCUUUACUUUUCGAUGACAAACGUCAGAUGCCAAAUAACUAUACAGAACGUCUUCAAUCAUCUAUAUGUUUGCCUGGUCUUCUCUCUAGCGAUAUUGCUAUUACAAAGAUGCUUUAUGUGAGGACCCAAGUGAAAGAACGUUUGGAUAGAAGUGAAAUUGUUCCAGACGCAAUGUUCAUUUAUAAAUGCUCAGACGCUUGCCCCUAUAUGUUUCAUUUCGAAGGAUGCGGUCGCCCAUACGAGCUAAUCAAAUGCCCUAUGUGUAAAACGGAUAUUGGUGCAACGAGCUACAAUAAACCCAUUAUUCGUAUUCCACCCCAUACUCAAAUGCCCAUCGAAGCAGGUUUUCAGUUCAUUGCUGAUUAUAUCAAGACGUAG